AUGUCGCAGUACCAACAGCACCCGGCACCGGCCUCGGGAGUGGUCGAUGACGCGGGCGAGGCGUUUGCGAGGGCGGUGUUCUGCCGCUUCCUGCGCCAGGCCACAAUCUCCCGAGACAUCGAUGACGUCAUUGAGCACAUGCACAUCGUCAACGACGACUCCCAGACGUUCGCGAUCCGGCUCGGGGGGGACGCGCGGGUUCCCGUAAGCCGAGAGCUUAUCCUAGCCCUGGCGGCCAAGAAGAAGGAGCUGCUGGCGCUGUGCGAGUCGAAGCUGAGGACGCCAAGGUCGAUCAGGGGCGGCGGCGGGCAUACCGUCACCGGGGCCAAUGCGACCGCCGCCGGAACGCCGACCGGCGGCGGCCGCCCCGGUCUGUCGUCGUCCUUGCAACACUACCGACAGCAAGGGAACCCGAGCACCAGCCCGCCCGAUCCCGCGGCUGCGGCAGCGGCGACACCUCAUCACGCGGUCGUUUUUCCACCGCCAGCAGCCCUCGCCGCCAUGCAAUCCUCGGCAAUGGCGGCGGGGUCGGCCUCGGUGGCAGUGCCCGUCCCGCGAGACGGCGACGGCGGCGGGAGCACUAGCGGUGGCGGGGGUGGUGGUGGUCUUUGUUCGGUACCAGCGGCGAUGGGGGACUCGGCGACGGGGGGGGGGGUGUCACCAGCCGUGGUGCCCCCCUUGGGGGUGGUCGCAAGACAUCAGCAGGGUGAGGGGGUUGCGGCGGCGGCGGGGCCAGACCCGAUGGUUGUCGAAGGCUCGGGUGGCAGCGGUGGCAAUGGUGACGGGUCGGUGGAGCAAUCGGAGGUAUCAGCAGAGUCGUCGACGACGUCUUCGCGCCCUUCGCCUCCUCUACCACCCCGCCCACCAACGGUGACCCGUGUUGCGGCGGCCGCUCCCGCCUUCGUGCCGACGGCUGCGGCUGCCGGGUGGAGACAGCGAGACCCGGCAGGACCCACGACGCUGUUCGUGAGAAAGAUUGACAUGAAAGUCGACCGGGAAGACGUGAUCAAACACUUCUCGAUCUUCGGCCAAGUCCUUUCGGUCAGCAUGAAUCCCUCUCGAGGCUACGCCUUCGUGGACUUGGACUCCCACGACGCCGUACUCCGCGCUGUCCGAACCGCGGAGCACACCGUAGGACGAAAAACGCUUCAGGUGGAGGUCAAGAAGGAGCCGGCGACGCCAAAGAGCAGGGGGAACAACAGCAGCAACAACCCGCGGCACGCGAGCCGAUGAGGAAAACGAACAGCGAUAAUCGUGUCGCGAGAUAGGGCCCCGAGGGCUUACCUGCCCAAGAAAGUAGUAGGUGAUGUGCUGGCUCCAGCGAUGAGGGUGAAAGGGCAGCGAAGUAGCUGCGACCGAGGAGAGUGGUGGCUGGCGGAGGCGGCGGUGAUGGUGAUGACAAGUGUGAAUGUAGAGGCGCCGGGGGGCAAUGAGGGCCAGAACCGAUCCACCACGCAGCGAACGCCCUUCCCAGCUGGGCGGCGUCGAGCGGAACGCGUAUGAGGGUGAUGCAUUCUGACGGCGCCUAACUCCGGAAAGAUGCGUUCGAAGACGAGGUCGCGCGGUAGUGAGAGCGAAGGAAGGAAAAAAGGGGGGUACGUACUGCGUGCGUUCGGCUCGCCUGCUUUGCCCUCAAUUUUUGGUGUUUGCCACAUCUAUUGGGGGUGCUGCCGAUGAUCACGUGGGUCUUUUGUGCUUGCGUCUUGCAAGGAAGCCAGGCUGUGGCAGCACACCGGCUAUUGAGAAAUCCUGGGGGUUGGCAGACGUUGUUGUGACGGCCGUCUUGGUCGGGUGAUAAUGCCUCGUGUCCGUACCAAACCAGGAGUGGGGGUUUCGCCGACCAGGUGGGGGUCCUUUUUUUCCGUUUGUUG